UUGAACAUCUCAUUCCAGAUUGCUCCCUUUGUUCUUAUAAUAACCUUCACUCUUUCCUCUAGAGCGUUAUUGAGCUUGGGCACUGAUGCCGGGUGAGGAGGUCUGGUACAUACUUGGUUCCAGUUCCUGGGGAUGUUCAGUGGGGUUGAGGUCAGGGCUCUGUGCAGGACACUCGAGUUCUUCUACACCAACCUUGGCAAACCAUGUCUUCAUGGAGCUUGCUUUGUGCACAGGUGCCUUGUCAUGCUGGAACAGGUUUAAGCCUCUUAGUUCCAGGGAAGAGAAAUCUUAAAGCUACAGCAUGAAAGACAUUUUUUUUUUUUAAUAUUUGUGCGCUUCCAACUUUGUGGCCACCGUUUGGAGAAGAACCACAGAUGCAUGUGAUGCUCAGGUGUCCACAUACUAUAGAGUGUACAAAGAAGCCGCUUUCAGAUCACGUGUACGCCUCUCAGAAAGAGUCGAAUGAAUCGAUUCGUGUACGAGUCACUCACGACGAUGACAGCAGUGGUCGUGCCGUUGUGAGGCGCGCGCGCGCGGGGCAGAGCGCACAGCCCAGCUUCUUCUCAACGCAGCGGAUCUGCUUCAGCAGUUAAAGGGAUGGAAUUCUACAGCGGGUUUGCACCAAUAUAUACUGAAGAGCAGCGUUUACAUUCAGUGCCAAUCGCAUCCCUUCAGCACAGGCAGAUGCACCCAGUCUGUGUAGCCCACUAACUGCAAAUACGCGUCCGAUCUGAUUGUAAUCAGCUGCCGGAUUUUUGUUCGUAUUAGCAGAAAACUGCAGGCCUGUGAACUAGACUCCUUCAGUCCUGCCCCGUUAUUGUCCAGUCAGAGAGAUGCCUGUGUUACAGCACACUAACACUACUGCUGGCGGUCCGCACACAGAUUAUGAAUGGAGGUACGAAUACUAUGAUGACGAAGAGCCAGUUUCCUUCGAGGGACUCAAAGCACACAAAUAUUCCAUUGUAAUUGGCUUCUGGGUGGGUCUUGCAGUGUUUGUCAUUUUUAUGUUCUUCGUGCUCACUCUUCUGACCAAGACGGGAGCUCCGCAUCCAGAGAGUGCUGAACCGUGUGAGGACUGCGUGCAUCUGACUAGCUGUGUUGAGGAACUAGGCCGCCCACGGGAGCCAGAGAACAGCAGAGCUGGCUUACCUCGACCCUUACUGGAGGAAUCUCGCUUUCUCUUUAACUGCUACAUUAAUGAAGAAGAGCAGGCAGGAGAGCGGUCCUUGAGCCAAGCCCGCAGAGCUCACACACGAUCAAACAGCAGUGACUCUAGUGGCCAGGUGAAAACCGGUGGCCUAAUUGGCCAGAGUACACAGCUGGAGAUGUUGGAAGAUAAUGAAGCAGCUUUUCUGGCUCAUUUCAACAUCCCAAACUUUGUGAACUCUGAACUUAGCUCCACACUGGGUGAAGAUGACUUACUGCUGAGUGAGCCACCCAUAAUAAUGGAAAGUGAAUCUCAUUCACACAGUACCAGUCACAUUAGAGACUAAAUACUUGAACCCCAGAAUUUUGCCAAAAUGAACAUACAAAAUUAGUCUGACUGGAAGAAACUUGUAAGGAUGUUAAAUAAAGUGGCACAUCUACUCCAGAAGGCAGACUGAAGUCCAUCACUGAACUUAUACCAUUCAUAUUUACACACAACUCAUUCAUCUUCUGUGCCUCAUAGCUGUGCACUAAGCAGAUUUUUGUGUAUUUUCCAGUUCAAAGAUAAGCCGAGGUACUGUAAGACUGUAUGAAGUGCCUCUUGGUAAAACUGCAAUCAAAACAUGUGUCCUUUAUGCUCAUCUGUUCACACUCCAUCACAGUCUAAACCUCCAAGUUCUAUGUGGAAAUAUUCACUGCAAAAAACGUUUGAUGAAAAACGCAAAUGUUGAAUGAAAUGACUAAAUUUUGCUAAAGAAAUUUUAGAUUUGCCUGUGGUGAAGGGUUUUCACAUAUAAGGCUUGUUUAAUUAUAGGAAUAACAAAAUAAUUAUAAUAUGUAAUAGCAUUAAAUGGAAGGUUUGUAUGUACAGUAAGUGUACCACCACUGUAAAUGGACAUUUUUUAUACUGGACCAGCAUAUUGGCCUGUGUCAAAAAAUGUGUGGUGUCUAUUAGCAGAAACAACAGAAAUCGCCACAUACUGUUAACUUGCUCACACAUUCUGCUGGUACAAUUUGUAGUGAAAGUUUUUAAUGGUAUGAUACAGUCAAGUACAGAAGUUUGCACCCCCUUAGGACAAAAGGAAGACUAACAAAUUUAAUUAAUAUCAACAAGGCAUUUGGUAUGUUAGGUUCAGAACUUUUAAAGAGAGUUUCUUUAUCAUAACAAAAAUGCUUAAACAGUGUGUUAUGUAUUAAGUAUGGAGAAAUAACUCCACUAACUAUGCCAACCUCUUUCUAUCCUCUCAUCUGCUUUUGGACACUCAGUUGUUAUAUAAUUUAAUUUGUCAUUUAGACUGAAACAUGGCAAAGAAAACUAUUUUGAUCCUGCAGAAAGCUAAUGUGUUUAUGAGUAGUCUUAUUAAAUGAUUCACUUUUUGAUAUUUCAUAGUGAGGAAUUCAUAUGCACUGAAAUUUUACUCAGAAUGUAUCCUGUUGAGAGGAGCAUUGGCGGGGAAGCAGGCAUGUAACAACCAGCAAAAGUCACCAGAUAUAUACCAGUUACAAGUACAUUCGAUCCUUUUACAACUACUACCUAAUAAAUCUGGUGGGGAAUUAGGGAUGAGUAAUGUGGCAUUAUAUCAUAAUAUGUUUUCCCAGACAUAUUGUUGAAUUUUUAUUAUAAGUUGAAACCAAACUGUAUAGUAACAAGUAGCACAUUGAAUAUUUGUACAUCAUGCCAUUAUCUAAUUUAUUAUCUACCUUAUACUGACUUUUUCUCGCUUGUUAUGUAGUCUAUUUUUGUAAACACUGAAUAAAAAUGAUUGAUCUCAUUGUAUUUCAUAAAGCUGUUUUCAGUGUUGCACCACCAAUUUAUUGGUAUGAUACAUAUGUAUUGGGCCAAUGGGCCUCAUUUAUCAAUAGUUAAAAAGCCAAAUCCUGAACUAAAAAAUUUUCCACCAGAUUUACUAAAGUUUCUGAAAUGCUGAUUUUCUUUGUACUCACAUGCGUAUGCUGAUCACCUAUGAAGUGUAAAGCUCAGUCCCGACACAGCUCAUUUACAUUUCCUGACACCUACAAAACUCCAUAAAGGGUAAAGCUCACAGAGGGCUGAAAACAUGAAAUAACUACAAAGUGGUGAAAGAAACGGCAGAAAGGCAGAAGUGGAAGUUAUUUUGACUCACUUCUAUGCCAAUAAAAACAUUUAGUAGUUUAAAAGCACCUGAAAAAGACCAAAAUUAAAGGACGAAUUACAGAUGUAAAUUAGGCAUGAAUUAAAAGAAAAGAAAAUGGUGUGACAUAAAAACAGGGGAGAAAAAAAAAUCUACACUGUACACUGGUGAUCUGUACACUGUGCAUGUCACACAGGGAAACUGCUAUUUUUUGUUUCUCGGCUGACAUGCUGACAUGCUGACAAGUGUUGCACAUAAUUAAAAGAAGAUGCCGUGCCACCUUUCAUCCCCUGAAAAAUCGUACCAUCUUAUUUGUUUCUUCUAUUCUUUCCUUUAUAAGCACAAGAAGCAUUUGUUCACAGGUUAUGGCUAUGCACAAACAGAUCAGCCUGUCCUUUGUUUAUAAGUUUAUUUGCUUUAUAAAUGAGGCUCCUUGUCUUCAAAUUUCACAUUAUCACUUCUGGCAUAAUGCUCAUACCUAGAGUAAAUACAUACUGUACGUAAAUGAACCAUUUUCAUUACAACACAAUCAUCUCCAC